UAAUAACAUCUACCUAAUAUUUCCAGAAUAAAAGACUUAUUUUGAUAUGACAGAAGCUCCAAAGGAUUCAAAUGGUCGUUUAGUAAUAGACAGCCCCAGAUGGUUACAAGACACAUUCACUGGUCGAGCAAAACAUUUUUUUAAUGUCACUGACCCACGAAAUCUUUUUGCUAAUGAUGCAACUUUAGAAGCCGCAAAAACAUUAGUUGAGAAAUACAGACUUGGUGUUGAACCAGCUGGCACUUCAGAUGAAGAAGUAUGGAAUGCCAAGAAAAUAUAUUCCUCUGCAUUUCAUCCAGACACUGGUGAAAAGCAACUUCUGAUUGGUAGAAUGUCAGCACAAGUACCAAUGAAUAUGACAAUUACAGGUGCUAUGAUGACAUUUUAUAAAACAACACCUGCUGUAAUAUUUUGGCAGUGGGUUAAUCAGUCUUUCAAUGCUGUUGUAAAUUACACUAACAGAAGUGGUGACCAACCUAUCUCUACAAAGAUGUUGUCGCAGGCGUAUGUAUCAGCCACAGGUGCUGCAUUAAUAGUUGCUUUAGGUUUAAAUUCCAUGGUGAAAUCGUUGCCACCACUUGUAGGAAGAUAUGUCCCCUUUGCUGCUGUCGCUGCUGCUAACUGUGUCAACAUACCUCUUAUGCGACAAAGAGAAUUGUUGCAUGGUAUACCUGUGUUCGAUGACAAUGGAAAUAGACUUGGUGAAUCAAAGGUAGCUGCUCGCCAUGCUGUGGUGAUGACUGUCUUUUCAAGAAUUGUGAUGGCCUCACCUGGAAUGGCUAUUCCUCCAAUCAUAAUGAAUAAUUUAGAAAAAAAGUCUUUCAUGAAACGUAUGCCAUGGCUAGCAGGUCCACUUCAAAUUGGAAUGGUUGGAUUUAUCCUGGUGUUUGCCACGCCUCUAUGUUGUGCGAUAUUUCCGCAAAUAAGUUCCAUAGCAACAUCGAAACUCGAACCAGAAUUACAAGAUGCCGUGCGCAAAAAAAGAGACGAUCUACAUAGUGUAUAUUUUAAUAAGGGUUUGUAAUGUUAUUUUAUACAUACAUUACGAAAAUAUAGUUCUUUGAAUUUUGUAACACCACCUAGAUUUUUUAUUAAAAUUUCAUCUGGUUAUUUAUUUGAAUUGAUGGAAUUUUUUAGAUGAUUUUUAAUUCAAACAUGUUUUUAAAAUUAAA